AUGCGGAUGGGCACGCCUUCUGGGCCUAAAGCUUCGGCAUCAUCUUUCCCGCCGGCGAGCCCGGCUCCGGCCAAGCCAAAGUCAUCUUUUCCGCCGGUAGACUGUGCUGCUUUGGACUUUGGCAUCAUGCCCCCAGCGUCGCGUUUGGACGACCCUUCUGCCCUCGCUGACUUUUUGUCUUCAAUCUCUGCCCCGGAUACUUUGGCGGCUGCCGUCAAAAGUGCUGGAUUUCACACACUGGGCUCGUUGGCCUUUGCCCUCACCGACCCGUCCGAUCCUGAUGAGGUCAUGAAGUUCAUCCGGGUCAUUCUCAAGAUACCUGAUGGCGAUGCGACGGCCACUUUCCGUCCCGAUGUGUCCUGCCUCCGUCGCACCAUCCUCGAGGCCUGCUCUAUUGCACCUCCCCGGGCUGCGUCGGCCAAUGCACCGUCGCAACUGCCUCCUGCUGCCCCAUCUGCCUCGACCUCGAAUAAAAUUACGGCGGCCGAGUUCCUUUCCCUUCGCAAGGACUACCUCAAGAAGUAUCCGGGCGAGCUGCUGACACCCGCUAAUACUCCGUCCGUUGAGUUUUUGUCGUUGAUCCGUCAGCACCAUGAGUCCGGCCAGUCCGUUUGGAUUCCUGGCGUCAACGCACCUCUGAAGCCGAUUUUCUGCGUUGGGAGGAAUCCCGCCGCCCCAGAUCUGAUCGCCAAAUGCUUCGUUCCCUUCUGGACUUGCCGGAUGAAGCUGCUGGGCCGACCCUUGGUUUUAGCCUCACCGGCCCCUCCGAGUCCGUUCUCCGGCGCUGUCUGGACCUUUUCGCCGCAGCCUUGGCCUUGUUGGACCUGGUUCACUUAG